AUGUCAGGCUCCCUCGGUGAUCUCGGCACUCUGCUGCCGCUGAUGAUUGCUCUGGCGGUGCAAGGCUCCGUCCAUUUGGGCUCGACGCUCGUCUUCUCCGGGGCAUUCAACAUCAUCACCGGCGUCGUGUACGGCAUUCCUCUGCCCGUCCAGCCCAUGAAGGCUAUUGCUUCGGCAGCCAUCUCCAACGGGGAAGACGCACCCAUCGAAGUCGUGCUCGCGGCAGGCCAGUGGGUGGGAGCAGCCGUUCUGGUCAUGAGCGCCACGCGUCUUCUGCCAUGGGCCGCGUCCGCCGUCCCGGUCCCCGUCGUCAAGGGCAUCCAGCUGGGAGCCGGCCUGUCUCUGAUCGUCGGUGCCGGGACCUCUCUUCUCCAGCCGCUGCACUGGACGCAUCCCGUCCUGGACAACAGGAUCUGCGCACUGUUUGCGUUUCUCGUCCUCGUCGCCACCCAGCGGCUCCCGAGGUUCCCCUACGCCUUUGCCUUCUUCGUCUUGGCCGUCGUCUCUGCCGUCGUUGCGGUUGUCACAUCUCGCCAUCGUCUGCCGUCAGUCCACGUGUGGCAUCCUCGUUUCCACCUGCCGAGAUGGGUUGGCCCGCGCGGCGAUGCCCCGGCCCUGUGGAUGGCCAUCGGACAACUGCCGCUCACCACGCUCAACUCCAUCAUUGCCGUGACCGCCCUCGCCGCCGACUUGUUUCCGGACCUUCCCGCUCCGACGGCGACGUCCGUAGGCAUCAGCGUCGCGUGCAUGAAUCUCGCGGGCACCUGGUUCGGCGCAAUGCCCGUUUGUCACGGCGCGGGGGGGCUGGCGGCCCAGUGGCGAUUUGGUGCCCGAUCCGGCGCCAGCGUCAUCUUCCUGGGCGUCGCCAAGCUGAUUCUCGGCCUGGUCUUUGGCGACACGCUGAUUGGCCUGCUAAAGUCGUAUCCUCGAAGUAUUCUUGGAAUCAUGGUGCUCGCCGCUGGGCUGGAGUUGGCCAAGCUGGUGAAUCUUGUUCCGCCAGUGCCGCCAGGGCCCAUCGAGACUUGGGCGACGACGAGCGACUGGAGCGAUGGACCGUCAUGCUGA